UCGUAAAUAAGAUCUAUCGAAAGUCGGCCAGCUCUAGCGAAAAGUGCAAUUAAAAUAAUCCGAAAAAGUUUUUCUUUUUAGCAAACAGCGUUACAUCCGCAUAGAAAAAGUCACAGCAUUUACUAUUCUUAAGUAGCAAUAGCAGGGAUCGAAAAUUAAAAGGGCAAAGAAAAGGAAUCUAAUCGAUCGGAAGCCCGUUCAACCGACUUUCUCCUUCAGGCGCACUUAGUAGAACCCACACUCAUGGGAAACCUCAUACACAUACAGACAGGGGCGGCAUUUCUCUUUUGCAUUUUUUUAGGCGUUCUUUGAGAUUACAAAUUAGUUUUUAGCUCUAGACUUAGUUUGCAUACUUUGUAAAGAAAACACAAAUAUUACUUUAUAUAUUUUGCCUCAUUACAUUGUACUGUGUCGAUACCAAAAACGAACAAACCACUCUUUUUCCAAAUGACAAACAUCCAUACCAUAGAAAAUGUUGCGGACUGCUCGCCUCUUUAUCUGCCACACAGCUUGUAUCUCAAGCCGUUGGCCAAAAUGCAAAUCUCCGUAUCGCUGCCGCCAAUCAAGUCCGGCAAAUCCGUAUCCAAUCUGGAGAUAAUGGACAAACUGGGCGCGGAGCUCAAGCCAGACAUAUUUCUUCAGCUCAAAGUCUCUAAAAGCACAGUAAACACCAUUCGUUUCGAAGCUGAAUUGGAUGACCGCAAACGUCUUCGAGUAGCCACCCAACGCCUGGAUGGCAUUUCUCUGCGCAUCUCUGGCUUUAGUGAAUCAUUUCGCGUGCGUUGCACAGAACAGAAGGAUGAGUUUCCCACGCGACACGACUGGGACUCUUACUUCCGAGACGCCCGAAACAUGGACGAAAUGAAGGCAGGCGAACGGCCGGACACCAUACACCUGAGCCACCUGCCGAUGCGCUGGUUCUGCCCGCGGCACUCUGAGCACGAGGAGCAUGUCAAGCCUAGCGAGAGCAUCUUCAAGCGAAUAUUUGAAAAGUACGGUCGCGUUCGGAUGGUAGACAUACCCAUUUGUGAUCCGUACCGAAAGAGUAUGCCGUCCGACAUUAAUGGCAUGCGAACGUUCAGCUUCGAGCAGGAUGUUCUUUUUGAAGCAUAUGUUCAGUUUGAGGAGUACUCAAGCUUUGUCCGCGCUAUGGACGAGUUCAGGGGCACUAAGUUGGUUCGAAAGUUUGUGGACAAGACCCAGGCCAUUGACAUUUGUGUAAAUUUCGACAAGCAAAAGCAUCUCAGUGACUCGCACGUGCAGCGGCGUGAACGCAUGAGGAAGAAGUGCAUAGCCAAGGCCCAGGCCGAGGACGAGGAGCGAGAGAAGCUGAAAAAGCAACAAGAAGAACAGCUGGAGCGCGAAAGGCAAAAACAAGAAGAGUUGAAAAAUGCGGAAGCGGAAAAGCAGCGUGAACGCGAAGAAAAGCGGAAAGAAAAGCAUCUGAAAAAGAUACAGGAGCGCGGCCAGGUGGAAAUCUCACAAAAGAUUCGCAUCGAAGAGCGCAAGUUGAUGAUAGCCCAACGAAAGCUGGAGAGCAUACGCACCCUGGAAAAGCUAUUUGAGCGGAUACAGCUAAAGCAAAAGGACAAAAAUCGUCGAGCCAAACAAGAUGAAGCUAAGGAUAUCCAACGUGGCCGCCUGGUGGAAAAGUAUAAGGCAGCCACGGAGAAGCUUGUCUGUGAUCAGCGCAAAAUCGUCCAAGACAUUAAGAGCAAUACGCCACUAAUCGGGCUUUUGAAGAGCAAAUCUAAGAAGAACACAACUACCGAGAACGCGAGCAGCGAUGAUGAGGCGGCGUCUAGUAAAAGGCACAAGCUGAGCAAUGGUGUUGCGGACUCCACAGCUGCACUCCCUGGCGAUGUGACCGCCGCACUGAACCCGUUGAAAGCGGUAGCCGCAAUUGCCGCCGGUGCAGUGCCAGGAGCAGGGGCUUACAGUGCCGAGGCGGCGAGUGAAUGGAUGCAGUCACUUUCGAUGUUCGGGUACGGAUUGCCAGCCGUGUUCCCCGGAGCACUAUACCGCCCGCCGGCACCGUUUCCUGUCUCUAGCAAUUACCGAGGCUUUGCUCCGCGUCCCCGGGGUCGGGGAAGGGGACGUGGACUCGGGAUUAGAGGAAGUCGUUCAGGCUACGAUUCAUACUAUAAUUCCAAGCACGACCGGUACGAUGACGAGGGCGAUAAUGGGUACUACCACAAGUCAUCGCGGGGCAGAAAUCGCUCACGUUCUUCGUCUUCGUAUUCAAGAAGUCGUAGUCGCUCCCGCGGUCGCCGAAUUGUCUGUCGUUCCAGACGCUCCAAGUCAAGAAGCCGCUCCAAGUCACGAAGCCGCUCCCACUAUCGCAAGUCGUCUUACUCGUCAAGAUCCAGGCGGAGCCACAGCAGAUCCUCGCGCAGCCGCAGCAAAACACCGUCGCAGCGCAAGAACCGCAAGCUGGCCUCCACGCGCCGAUCUCGGUCCACUAGCUAUUCUCGAUCGCGAUCCCGAUCCCACUCUCGCAGGCGCUCCAGCUCACGGCGUGACCACCGGAACCGUCAUCGCAGUAGUCGGAGCAACAGCAGAAGUCGCGGCCACACCCCGAAAGAGGUGAAGCUUGAGGCGGACAAGUUGGUAGCCUCUGCCGAGAAGAUACAGCGCACCAUUGAGCAGCAUACAAAGGAUCGGAUGCGUGAGGAGGAGCGAGAAAUCAGGCAGAACUUUAGGCAUCCGCGCACCAACAGCCACAACAGCAAUCAUGUAGACGCCCAGCCACAGGAAGAGGGCAACGAGAGACGCGGCAGCACUAGCAAGCGCAGCAGUCGCCGCAAUUCACUGGCAGCCUAAAAUGUAUUCAUUAGUUUAGCUUUUAGUAAGAGACUCGUAAAUAAAGAUAUCAAAGUUGUUUCCCCAUAA